AUGGCUCACCUAGUCGAAAAUGGCAUAUUGAGCGAUGGUUCAUGGAGUUUGCCAAUAUUGAUCACUGACAUGAAUAUACAAAGAAGUCUUUAUGUAAGAGGAGAUUUACAUGUUGGAGGUCUCAUGCUACGUCUCGUACAAGAUGUUGAUAUCUCACGAGAUUGGUCAGAUCACGCAUUAUGGUGGCCUGAAAAGCGUCGGUGGCUCCAGCAUACCAGAUCUACUUUAGAUCAAAAUGGUAUCACAGCAGAGACUAAGCUUGAGUUCACACCAAUGCACAAGGACGUUAGAGUGCAAUUACCUGAUCUCCAAAUGAUCGAUGCUCGACUUGAUUUCUCAGUUAACAUUGUUAAGGCUACUGCCAAGCUCUGUCGGGAUUUGGGAAUGAGACACUCAGAAGAAUUGAGUUUGAAGAGAUAUAUCCCUCCAGAGCAAUUGAGAAAAGGAACACAAGAUCCAGAAAAUAUGAGCGGACCCGUUCCAACUAGACCUGGAGAAGAGUCUGUUGGUCCAAUGACUUUGAGAAAAGCGGCACCUAUUUUCGCUUCACAAUCGAAUCUAGACCGUCGUCGCCAACAGUCACCAGCUCUUUCCACAUCUGGUCAUAUUUUCAAUGCUCACGAAAUGGGAACAUUACCAAGACAUGGAACUCUUCCCCGCGGCGCAAGCCCUAGUCCUGGAGCUUACAACGGUACUAUGGGCCGCGUUCCUAUCAUGCCCAGUAUCAGCUUUUGUGAAGGACUAGAGAACGAUCAGUUCGAUAUGGCUCUUGUCCAUUCACCUAGAGUCGUCGCAACAAGAGACACUCCAGUGUUUAGACCUCAAAACUAUGUGGAAAAGGCUGCAUUGAACAGAGGAUGGCUCGAUUCAAGCAGAUCUCUCAUGGAGCAAGGAGUCUUUGAAGGAGAUAUUGUAUUGCUCAGAUUUAAGUACAUGAGCUUCUACGACCUGAACCCAAAGUAUGAUCCAGUUCGCAUUAAUCAACUGUACGAACAGGCUAAGUGGUCUAUCCUUUUGGAAGAAUUUGAUCAUACCGAAGAGGAAGCUACUUUGUUCGCUGCAUUACAGUUACAAGCAACUCUCCAAAGAGACUCUCCAGAACCUGAAGGAAAUGAAAAAGAUGAUGUAGACAUGAUGCUUGAUGAGUUGGAGAAGAACUUGGACACUGCCGUUAUGGGAGGAAGACAUUCUGACCUCACUCAGGUUCCAGAGUUAGCUGACUACUUGAAAUAUAUGAAACCCAAGAAACUUGCUGCUUUCAAAGGAUUCAAGCGGGCGUUCUUCACGUUCCGUGAUUUGUUCCUGAGUUAUCAUCAAAGCCCAAGUGACAUGCACUCACCUCCUCUUGGUCAUUUCUCACUAAAAGGAUGUGAAGUUAGUCCUGAUGUUUCUGUUUCUCAAAGCAAAUAUCACAUCAAACUUUUGGUACCUACUGCUGAAGGAAUGACAGAUUUCAUUUUAAAAUGCGAUACGGAACAUCAAUACGCUAGAUGGAUGGCUGCUUGCCGCUUGGCCUCCAGAGGAAAAUCUAUGGCUGAUUCUUCAUACCAACAAGAAGUUGAUAGCAUUAAGAGCUUGCUCCAUAUGCAAACUGCUGUUAAUGGAAGGGAAAAUACCGGAAGUAAAAAAGCUCAAGCUGUUAAGCUACCAUCAGAUUUCAACGUCGAUGAAUACGUUUCAUCUCGAUAUGUACGACGUGCUCGAAGCAAACAAUCUUUACAACAAAAAAUUUCCGACGCUCAUGGUAAUGUUCGCCAACUUACAUCAACAGAUGCUAAACUUCAAUAUAUCCGAGCUUGGCAAGCACUACCCGAACACGGUUUACAUUACUUUAUCGUGCGGUUCCGUAAUGGAAAGAAGAACGAUCUUAUCGGCGUUGCCACUAACCGUCUGGUUAAGAUGAAUAUUGAUAAUGGCGAGAGCUUAAAAACCUGGCGUUUUACAAAUAUGAAGAAGUGGCAUGUUAACUGGGAAAUUCGGCAUUUGAAGGUUCAAUUCGAAGAUGAAGAUAUAGAAUUCAAGCCACUAUCAGCUGACUGCAAAAUCGUACACGAAUUCAUAGGAGGAUAUAUCUUCUUAUCUAUGCGUAGUAAGGAGCAAAAUCAAACAAUGAACGAAGAAAUGUUCCACAAGCUCACUGGAGGAUGGGCAUAG